AUGGCGCGGCACGGAGAAGACCCCGGGAUGGUCAAAGCUCCUAAAGUCAAACAGCAAAGAAAGAAGAAAAGUAAGGAGAACAAAACCAGGACCGUCCACGCAAACUUACUCUAUGACCACGCUAAAGGAGAGGAAAACCCAAACCGACACUAUGCAAACAACAAGAUUAAGACGACCAAGUACACUGUGCUGUCUUUCCUGCCAAAGAACCUUUUUGAACAGUUUCAUAGGUUUGCCAAUGUUUACUUUGUCUUCAUCGCUUUGCUGAAUUUCGUUCCAGUUGUCAAUGCGUUUCAGCCUGAACUUGCUCUGGCUCCUGUGGUCUUCAUUUUGUCUGUCACUGCCAUCAAAGACUUAUGGGAGGACUACAGGAGACACAGGUCGGAUAAAGAAAUCAAUCACAUGGACUGUCUGGUGUUCAGCAGAGCGGAGAGACGUUAUGUGGAGAAGUACUGGAAGGAGUUGCGGGUGGGAGAUUUCAUCAGACUGCGAUGUAACGAGAUCCUCCCCGCCGACGUUCUGCUGCUGAGCUCCAGCGACCCCGACCGCCUCUGCCACAUCGAGACCGCCACACUGGACGGAGAGACCAACCUCAAGCAGAGGCAGGUCGUCCGCAGCUUCUUCGACCUGGAUUGUGACUUUGACCCUUUGAAAUACAACAGUGUGAUUGAAUGUGAGAAACCCAACAACGACCUGAACAGAUUCAGAGGCUACAUAAUGCAUCGAAGUGGAAGAAGAGAUGCACUUUACAAAGAAAACCUUCUGCUGAGAGGCUGCACCAUCCGCAACACAGAGGAGGCUGUGGGAAUAGUCAUAUACGCAGGUCAUGAGACCAAAGCCAUGCUCAACAACAACGGGCCACGCUACAAGCGGAGUAAACUGGAGAGACAGAUGAAUGUAGAUGUGUUCUGGUGUGUCAUCAUCCUGCUGGUCAUGUGUCUGUUCACUGCUGUCGGUCACGGGCUGUGGAUGUUUCAGUACGGAGAUAAGAGGCCUGUGUUUGACGUCCUCAGUCCAGAGGGGACGGACUUAUCACCCAUCAUGUCCGCUAUUUAUCUCUUCCUCACCAUGAUCAUCGUCUUCCAGGUGCUGAUCCCCAUCUCGCUCUUUGUGUCGAUUGAGAUCGUCAAGAUCUGCCAGGUGUUCUUCAUCCAUCAGGACAUGGAGCUGUACGACGAGGAGACGGACUCUCACCUGCAGUGUAGAGCUCUUAAUAUCACUGAGGAUCUGGGCCAGAUGCAAUACAUCUUCUCUGACAAGACGGGCACGCUGACUGAGAACAAGAUGGUGUUCCGCCGCUGCACUGUGGCCGGGGUGGAGUACUCCCAUGAUGCAAAUGCUAGGAGACUUGCUAUGUACCAGGAGAUGGAUUCAGAGGAGGAGGAGUGUACGUCUCACGGUGGCACCCUGCCCAGGCGGGACAGCGUGACGAGUCAUCAGAGCGCCAGGGUGGUUCUGCGCUCCCAGAGCACAAAGUCCCACCGCAGGACGGGAAGCAGGGCCGAGGCGAAGCGAGCCAGCAUCCUGUCCAAGCACACGGCCUUCAGCAGCCCCAUGGAGAAAGAUAUCACCCCCGACCCUCAGCUCUUAGACAAAGUCAACGAAUGCAGCAGUCAGAUGGACUUCAUGCGAUUCCACAGCCAGCCCAUGUCCCAGCUGCCCUCCGACCUCGCUGACAUCAUUGACUUCUUCAUCGCGCUCACAAUUUGCAACACAGUGGUCGUGUCCUCACCAAACCAGCCCCGACAGAAGGUCAGGAUGAGGUUUGAGCUGAAGUCCCCGGUCAAAACGAUCGAGGAUUUCAUCAAACGUUUCACCCCGAGCCGACUGACCUCCGGCUCCAACAACAGCAGCUCCUCCAGCCUCAUCACCAACCGCUCGUCCAACAAGGGCUGCUCCAGCGUGCUGUCAUCUCCGUCUGCAGAGAGCACGCUCACCAAACUGGACGAGGAGAAGCAUCAUGGCGGUCUGGAGCACGCCUUCAGCCCCAUCCCACCCUGCUACGACGGGAAAGGGUGGAACCUGGAGGAAGGUGAGCUGCGCUAUGAGGCCGAGUCGCCCGAUGAGGCUGCGCUGGUCUACGCCGCCAGAGCUUACAAGUGCUCCCUCGUUGGACGCCUCCCCGACCAGGUGACUGUGGAGCUGCCUCACCUGGGGAAGCUGAGCUUUGAACUGCUCCACACGCUGGGAUUCGACUCCACAAGGAAACGCAUGUCAGUGGUGGUUCGACAUCCUCUGACGGAUCAGAUCACCGUGUACACCAAAGGAGCCGACUCAGCGAUCAUGGACCUCAUCAGACCCCCCGACACAGGGAAACGCCAGAAAAAGAUUGUCAGCCGGACCCAGAACUACCUGAACCUGUACGCUGCAGAUGGCCUUCGCACACUGUGCAUUGCUAAAAAGAUUAUGAGCAAGGAACAGUACGCAUGCUGGCUGCAGCGCCACCUGGAGGCAGAGACGGCCAUUCAGGGGAGAGAGGAGCUUCUGUUUCAGUCAGCUCUGCGACUGGAGACGAACCUCCAGCUUCUGGGAGCGACAGGUAUUGAGGACCGACUGCAGGACGGUGUACCUGAGACCAUAGCAUCUCUGCGUCAGGCUGGCCUGCAGAUAUGGGUGCUGACGGGGGACAAACAGGAAACAGCUGUUAAUAUUGCGUACGCCUGCAAGCUGCUGGACCCGGAGGAAGAGAUCCUGACACUGAAUGCUGAUUCUCAGGAGGCGUGUGCUUUGCUGCUGGAGGAGAGUUUACACUACAUCCAGGCCAAAUUCCUCUGCAGCUCUACAGACCAAGCAGCCAAAAACUUCCAAAACAACUUUGCACCCUUUGAUAUCUAUCCCUCUUCAUCUCCGUCCUCCUCCUCAUCCUCCAACACUGCUCCUGUCAUGGUGCACAGGCUGGGCCUGGUGAUCGAUGGGCGGACUUUGGCCUACGCUCUAGAUAAAAGUUUGGAGGAUAAGUUUCUGGCGAUCGCGCAGAGCUGUCGUUCAGUGCUGUGCUGUCGCUCCACACCGCUGCAGAAGAGCAUGGUGGUCAAACUGGUGCGGAACAAGCUGAAGGUCAUGACAUUAGCAAUAGGUGACGGGGCCAAUGACGUCAGCAUGAUCCAGGUGGCCGAUGUGGGUGUGGGCAUUUCAGGACAGGAGGGCAUGCAGGCGGUGAUGGCAAGCGACUUUGCUCUCCCGCGUUUCCGGUAUCUCCAGAAGCUCCUGCUGGUCCAUGGACACUGGUGCUACUCUCGACUGGCUAACAUGAUCCUCUAUUUCUUCUACAAGAACGCUAUGUUUGUGGCGCUCAUCUUCUGGUAUCAGUUCUACUGUGGAUUCUCAGGUUCAGCCAUGAUUGACCAGUGGUAUCUUAUCUUCUUCAACCUGAUGUUCUCCGCCUUUCCACAACUCAUCACCGGCACGCUGGACAAAGACGUGUCAGCAGAGACUCUGCAACAACUACCUCAGCUCUACGUGAACGGACAGAACUCAGAGGAAUAUAAGCCAUACAUGUUCUGGAUGAACAUGAUUGAUGCCUUCUACCAAAGUCUGAUCUGCUUCUUCAUCCCGUACUUUGCCUACGCUGACUCUGACGUAGAUUUGUUUACAUGGGGAACUCCCAUCACCACCCUCGCUUUAUUCACCAUCCUGGUGCAUUUAGGCAUCGAGACCAAAACCUGGACCUGGAUGAACUGGCUGUCCAUCUCCUUCAGUAUUUCUUUAUUCUUCACCGUGGCUCUGUGUUACAACGCCUCCUGUCCCACCUGCUACUCCCCCUCCAACCCGUACUGGACCAUGCAGAGGCUGCUGCAGGACCCCCUCUUCUACCUGCUCUGUCUCAUCACACCAGUAGCUGCACUGCUGCCCAGAUACUUCUACAGGGCGUGUCAGGGAACGCUGUUUCCCAGCCCGAUUCAAGUCGGGAGACAGUUGGAUAAACUCCCCGCAGAAACUCGCAGGAACAUCCUCAGCCUCAGCAGGGUCGAGGUGGGGUCGGCGCUCAGCCCCAAGACUCACUUCCUGUCCCUCAGCACACCCUCCUCUACAGGCUGCAAUAAAAAAGACCAAAGGAGCUUCCCCGGCUCCAACACAUCACAGGGGCCCGUUUUACAAACAGACAACCAGGCCAGGAGACGGGGGCCUGCAGACAGCGAGAGGGACCUCUACACAUUUGUCCCAUCGGAAAUAGACACUCUUCCUUACACCAAAGAUGCUCCAAAGCUCUCGGAGGAGCCGCAGCCUCCUUCCACCAGAGACUCAGAGCGCUUAGAUAAAACUUUAGAGGCGUCAGAUCUGAGUCUGUCCGGCUGGAUCACCUCCACACCUCUGCUCAGCCAAACAGACUGCAUCCACCUGAACCUGCCCCCCGACGGAGACACCCCGUGUGUCAGAUACACGCGGGACUCGGAGGAAAAACUCAAGUCUGAGCAGAUUAUUCAAAAAGCACAGAAGACAGAGCAGGACACAGAGCAGUCGCUGCACGUCACGACAUGAUGUCUUAAGCAUUUUUUACUCAGACUCCAAUUUGCACGAUAGUUUUUUUUCAAUCUAAUUUUAUUGUAUUUUUCAAGGAGAUUCUUUUAUAAAAUAUAGAAAAAGGUACUUUAUAUUUUGGAUGCGUAGAGGUAAAGAUAUGUUUGAGAUUUAGGAGGUGGAAGAACUGGAUCUCCUGUUCUUUUAUCUUCUGCGGAUUUUUAUAUUUCACAAAGAUGCAUCUCAGUUCUUUAAAGAGGAGGAGGAGCAGAGUCAGACAUUCCACUGUUGGGUAUUUGGGAGUUUUUGUUUCCUCUCUAAAAUGGUACUCUGUUCUUUCAGUUCUGACUGGGAUCAGAUGCCACUGUGGCCUUAAAUCAAUGUCCUUAUCCCAGAGAGGAAGAUUUGUAUGUUUUAUAGAAACAUGUGUCAGUGCAGAUUCUCAAAGAGUUUUAUCUUUACAUAAGUCUGAAUAUAGUGGCAUUGUCUUGGUGCACGUUUCAGUGCAAGCCUUUUUUUUUUUUUUUUCCAGAAAGUUUAAAAAGCUGAAAGCUCGUUUUAUAGAUGUUUUUUUUCUCUCACAGUUCAUUCCACUGAAAACUCCAAUAAUGCAUUCCAAAGAUUCACCUAAUCAUUUUUAUUUAAGUUUGAAUUCUGCAGAAUUCUACCAGAAAUGAUGCUGUUUGAAUGCAUAUGUGCAUGCAGGUGUGUUACAUUGUGUGUGUUUGAUUGGAUCUGUUUCACAGUUCAUGUUUAAAGAAGAGUUUGGCACUUCGGUAAAUAUGCUUAUUUGCUUAGAAAGAGUUACGUACAUGAGGAGUUGAGAUAAAUGUAGCUGUCUGAUAAAAUGGAGGUAGAGCUAGGAAAUAGUGAGCAUACUUAACAUUACGACUGAAAACAUGAGACAACAAUAGAAGCCUGGUUCCAUCCAGAGGUCACAAAAUCCAACUAUCAACCCAUGUGAUGUUCAUUUAUGUUAAAGCUUUUUGUUUAUCUAACUCCCAACCUAGAAAGAGCCCAGUAGUUGUAGUUUAAAAAAAUGAACAUAUAACAUAUUUAUUAGUGAGAUUUAGACGUGCUGGUGGUCAGUUGUUUCCUUUAAUGUAGCUCGACUAACUGUUUCUCCCUGUUAGCAGUCUGUGUGCUAACUUAAGCUAACUGUUGUCCUGUUAGCCUUGAUAGCAGCUAUCUCGGCCUCAAACUGCCUACCUGCGCCUCUAAAGCUCGCUAAUUAGGAUGUUUUCUUGUCUUUCAAUCGAUAAGGUAACCUGCAGAAACACUCGGAGGUCACUGCAGCCAGCCACGUGUUGAAAAAGUCCUCAUUUCUUAAAUCAGGUUUGGUAUGGUUUGAUAAAGAAGAUUUAAAAUGUAAUUUAGGCAGUUUUUCCCUUUAAAGAAGCUUAGCUAACUGUUUUCUCCUUUCUACAGUCUUUAAACUGAGUCAAGCUGAUUGUUGUCUGGAUUUAGCUUCUCAUUUAAAGCUCGGGUGAGGAGUUUUUCACUGGCUAUAAAACAGACUGAAACAGACCUUUAUAUUACCUGCAAUAACAAAUAAUUCCAUAAGCAUAGGUAUUGAUUAUUUCUUUCAAGUUAUUUUUGAUGCCUUAAAGCUCUGCUGCCAAGGGGUAGCUGUCAGAAAAAAACAAUAUAUAGCCGCUUUUCUGUGCAUUAUUCACUGUAAAGAUUCACAGACUGAUACGAUUUACUGUGAAGAGAAAGCGACAUUAGAUUUUUAUGUUUUUAACAUUUAUAAAGGCAGAGGACAAGAUAAGUAAAGCAACAAGAUUUACAGCUUUGUCCACAUGGGGCGCCAAACUCAACCCAAACCAAAAGUUCCUCACUGGAGCUUUAAAUAUAAAGUUGAGCAUGAUAUACUGAGUAUGCGUAAUGAUAAGAUAAAAGAAUCGACUAGUUAGCUUUGUCCAAAUCUGCCUUCUUACAACUUUGAAAUUCACUAAGUAGCAUUUUUUAAAUUUUCUUUUAAUUCAUAAAAAUUGCCAAUAAACCUGCCAAACCUCCAGGAUGUGGGCGCACCAGGCUAAGAGAAGUCCCUUCAUAAAUGUGUUUCUUUGUAAAGUUCAAACAGCAGAUGUAACAUGUUAAAGAUAUUCAUUUGAAGUGCUGGUCAGCAGGGUUUCUGGGUUUUAGUUUUUUUUGGCGAACAAACAAUUUCCUGAUAGUAGCUCAUUGUUUUUCACAAAGAAAGCAAAUAAGCCUGUUUCCAUAAUGUCAAACUAUUCAUUGUAGCACUGCACAGUAGGUUGUCAACAAGCUACCAUCAUGUUUCAUCAUCUAAUUUACUUGAAGGUCAUUUUGUAUCACUUCAUUUCAUGUUUUCUCCACAGUUUAAACAUUUUGUAUUCUCAGCUGAAAAACCAAACACAUCGCUGGUGACCAAAGGUUUCCACCGGAUGUUUAAGAAGAGGCUUUAAGGUUAGAUUUUGCACUUUGAAAGCAUUAUUUCAGAAGAGCCGUUGAGUAUUGUUGGUGCUGGUCCUGUGUAUUUGAGAAGAAAAAGAGUGGGACUUAUUUCAUUUUUUUUAAAGGAAAUCAUGAUGUGUUUUUUUUUCCAUCAUACACAAACUUACUAGUUCAAGUGUGAAAGAUUGGAAAGAUGCUACAGUUUGUUGUUAGCAUUUAAAGCAUCAGCACCUUUAAUAUUUAAUGUUUGUUGUAUCUCUUGUGUCGUUGCAGUACAUUUUUGUAUCAUCUACCAAAGAACAUUUAUAUUCCUGUAUUUUCUAAGCAAUAGUCUGUGCCUUAACACUGGAGAAGAAUUACAAAUAUUAAGAGUUUUGUUCUGAUGCUGAAGCUGUUUGAGUUUGAAGAUUUUUUCUCUGUCUUUCUGUAAUUGUCGAUAAUAUUUAUGAGGCUACAUGUGAUGUGUUUUCUUUUCCUCCUGUCUGGUUUUGCACACGUUGUCUUUCUCUGGCAUGUUGCUCACUUUUCUGACUCGGCAGUCUGUCCACUUUGUUUUAUAGUUUCUGUCUGUUCUGAGCGUUUGGCGUCACACUUCAUGUGGCAGAAUGAAGCUGGAGCGUUUUCACUGCUGAUUCCAACAUUCCCACUUUUGCUAAUUCCUUACAGGAACUUCGACGCUCUCUGCACAAAGCCUUGAACAUAUCUGAGCUCGAUUCGCUGGUUUGACAAAUGUCUUUUGGUUACAAGAUAGGCCUUAUAUAAGUGAAAUAUUUCACACUUUUUCUUUUUACGCUCAUUAAGAAAUACUAAUCUGUUAAAUCACUGUUCAGUAUACUUAAAGGUGUGAUCUAGUUAUCCAGAUUAGAUUAAAACAAAUGGUUAGAGCGUGCUGGAAACACUGAAAAACUCCAACAAACCGCAACAAGCACCUACUUUACUUUAAGUUUUGUUCAGAGAUCCAAUUAUCCAAGUUAUUUGCAUCGUGGCGACUUGUGAACAAAAUAAAACUGAUAAUUUAGUAUUUAUCUUUGCUACCUGUCUGUUCAGAAAAGUGUACUCUUUGCUAAAUAAAACGUCUGUCUUCAGUUUUGA